AUGGGCGAGAAUAUAUUUAAGUGCAUUACUACUGGAUUUGGAAAGUCAUCUAUCUAUCUAUCUAUCUAUCUAUCUAUCUAUCUAUCUAUCUAUCCUACUCUGUUCAUCUUUCUUUCUUUCUUUCUUUCUUUCUUUCUUUCUUUUCUAGUCUGUUUAUUUUUAUCUAUCUAUCUAUCUAUCUAUCUAUCUAUCUAUCUAUCUAUCUCUUCCAGUCUUUUCAUUUCUUUCUUUCUUUCUUUCUUUCUUUCUUUCUUUCUUUCUUUCUUUCUUAGACUGUUCAUUUAUAUCUAUCUAUCUAUCUAUCUAUCUAUCUAUCUAUCUAUCCCACUCUGUUCAUCUUUCUUUCUUUCUUUCUUUCUUUCUUUCUUUCUUUCUUUCUUUCUUUCUUUCUUAGACUGUUCAUUUAUAUCUAUCUAUCUAUCUAUCUAUCCCACUCUGUUCAUCUUUCUUUCUUUCUUUCUUUUUUUCUUUCUUUCUUUUCUAGUCUGUUUAUUUUUAUCUAUCUAUCUAUCUAUCUAUCUGUUCAUAUGUAUAUACCUAUAA